AUGCUAAUUUUCCCAGUCAUCAUCUUCGCAGGCGCAAUAAUGGGCUUCACUUUGGCGCGUCUGCCCUACCUCAACAUCGCAGGCACCGCCAAAACCAGCUUCGCCAAUAGUACUUCACCUGGCGAGUGGUACUGGUACCACGCCGGCGUCUAUCGCAUCGGCAUCACCCUCCAUCUCGGCACCAUCCUGCCAGUCGGCUUCCUCAUGGUCUGGCAAUUCGUCCCCGUCAUCCGAUACAAACUGCUCAUCCUCCACCGGAUCAACGGUUACGUCAUCAUCCUUCUCGUCCUCAUAUCCAACGUCGGAGCCCUCAUGAUCUGCCGACGAUCCUUCGGCGGGACACUCGACACCCAAGCGGGAGUCGGCAUGCUCGUGAUCCUCACAACCACCAGCAUAGGCCUCGCAUACUACAACAUCAAGCGCCUCCAGAUCGACCAGCAUCGCGCUUGGAUGCUGCGAGCGAUGUUCUACCUCGGCACCAUCAUCACGAUGCGUCUGAUCAUGAUCCUCUCCGCGCUCAUCAUCACAAGGCUCGGCUCCUACUACACCACGAGGUCUUGCGACGAGAUCAGCUUCAUCUACGACUCCGAGGAUUCAGUAAAGGAAUUCUACCCCCAGUGCAGCAAUCCCAACUCUACAGUCGACGGCCUCGUCAUCGUGCACGCGAGCUUUGCGGCCGGACGACCGGAGCAGAUUGCUGCGAGCUUGGGCGUGGGCUUCGGAAUGGCGUUGUGGAUGGCGUUAUUGAUGCAUCUUGUUGGUGUGGAGAUUUAUCUGGCUUUGACGCCGAGGGAGAGCGAUAGGUUGAGACAGGUGAGCUAUGAGAGGCAGAUGGAGAGAGGGUUUAAGAACCCGGGGAGUGCGGGCUUGACGAGUGAUCGAUGGGGAGAUGCUGAGCCGUGGAGGCCGAUGAGGGAAGUUGCGGCGAUUGAGACUGGGGAGUGA